UCUUCAGCUGAGUGCACUGAGGUCAUUUGGAAAGAAACCCGGCCACUCUGUUCCUGUCCAGCAUUUGCUGCCCAUUAGUGAAGGCAACUGCUGAGAGCAAAAGACUAAAGAGACGUCUUUUUCCCCCUUUUUCCUUCCCAAGGACAUUUUCUCUCCCAAAACAAUUACAAACAACAUGACCUCCAAUUCCAAUUUAUCCAACAUGCGACGGCUGGUAGAACAACUGAAGCUUGAGGCCAGUGUGGAAAGAAUCAAGGUGUCCCAGGCAGCUGCAGAGCUCCAGCAGUAUUGUCUGCAGAACGCAGGAAAAGACGCCUUGCUGGUUGGAGUCCCCACAGGCAGCAACCCUUUCAGAGAACCACGCUCUUGUGCCAUAGUGUGAAGUGGAAGACAAAGUGGAUACAAGUGGCAUCUCACUCAAUGAAGAUAUUAAUUUUUUUUGGUUUUUUUAUAGUGUAAUAGAUUUAAAUUUCAUGUUUUUCUAAAAAUAUUUUUACACAGUUUUGUAAAUCAUCAUUUUUCUUUUGCCAAACACAUUAAAGCACAUCACGUGAACGUGCAGUCUUUUCAGUUUUCCUUUUAAAUUGCUUUUACAAAGGUAGCCCUGUGAAAACGCCAUUUCUGCACCAAACAGUCAUACAGUGAUUAUCUGUAAAGUUUUCAAAGCGGAUGUUUGUUGCUGAGCUCUAAAUUAUGCCUUGGAAUCUCGUGGCGUCUGCGCUUCCUGAUGUUCAGUCUAAGUCAGGAACACAGCCAGAGAGAGGAAACUGGGUCUUCCUGUUCAAAACUGCAAAGACAAAAUGCCACUUUUCACUUAUCCUUUGAGCUUUUUAAAACUUUUGGAUGUUCCAGCUCAAGAGAAUGCUUAGAUAAAAUAAAAUAAAUGAACUCUGUGCAGAAGGUGCUUUACAAACUAUAUAAAAACCAUGUUGUUCAUUGUAUUUGUGUGCGACAGUUUACAUAAGUCGUUUUCUGUUUAGUCAGUUUAUUUGUAUAUUUUAUUUUAAAACAGAACUUCUAUUUUUUUGAUAUGUCUAAAUUGUUCAAGAAACUGUUUAAUCCUCCUAAAACAAGCCUAGCCAGUCAUGAGACAGCUCUGCUUUAUCACUUCCUUUUCCUGUCGCUGCAUGGGCGAGUCUCAAUAGCUCUCCUGUCAUGAUGCCUCCUUUGCUAGCAACCUUUGCUCUGCAAACAAGGCUUUAGCGGUUUCUGCAGAUGCUUUAAAUAAACUCCUAGUUCUCAUUUCUCGUGUAUCUUUGCAGUUUAUUUAGCAGAAGUCUGGAUUUCAGAGUGUCAGAGAAGAGGGAUUUAAGACAGUAUUGUCAUAUGUAAGCAUGUAUUUACAGUCAGAGUGUAAAUAUAUGUUUAUGUAAAAAAAAAUAAACAAAAUAAAAAUAAAAUGGGUGUUAAGCACUGAGCUUUACAAGUGCUGGUAAUUGGUUUAUAGGUAGACAUACAGCCUCACAGCCUGGUGAGUUUUGCACUUAGGUGAUGUCUUUCAUCUUGUGCAAACAAACCAAAGCAAAUGUUCUGCACAUAAUCUAAUUUACAAUAAAUAUAUAAGUCUCUCUAAUAGAAUCCAAGUCAAAACUCAUAAUGGACAAACCUCAGCUAAUCAACAUUUAUUUUUCUCAUAGUGAAGAAAGAAAGGACUAAAUUAAUCUAGCUAUUGACCACAAGUUCAUGUUUCCAGCUUAAACAUCCGGUUUCAACUGAUUUUAAGGUGGCAAGGUGGUGAAGCGCUAUGCCUUCACAGGAUGAAGGCUCCUAGUUUGAAUCUUAGCUGGAGCUUUUCUGUAUGGAGUUAGCAUCCUCUCCUUGUGCCUGCAUGGAUGCACUACUCCGCCUUCCUCCCAUGUCCAAAGACAUGCCUGUUAGGUUAAUUGGUGAGUUUAAACUGUAUGUGAUAAAGGGGGUUAAAGUGUGGCGAGUAUGGCAUGAGUAUCAUGAUAACUUUGAGAUUUUAAUGAUUUUGAUGAACUAUUCUUUUUUUCCCAGUGUAGAAUGGUUGUGUAGCAUUACACAUCUUUAAUGACUUUAACAAAAACAAGAAAUGGGUGCACAAGUUUGAAUUGAUUCUGGAUUUUCUUUAAUCCAUACAGGGUCAUAGUUAUGCAUAUAGAUUUAAACAUAGAGUGAGGAACAAAUAUUUGAACACCCUGCGAUCAUGAAAUUAUGGAGGGGUCUGAAAUUCACAUUGUAGGUGUAUUCCCACUGUGUGAGACAGCAUUUAAACAACAAUUCAAGAAAUCACAUUUUAUGAUUUUUAAAGACAUUAUUUGUAUAGCACUGCUGCAGAUAAGUAUUAGAACACCCGGCAAUCAGCAAGAAUUCUGGCUCUCAAAGACCUGUUACUAUGUGUCUACUCCACCUCUACUCCACCUCUACUCCACUUAUUAAUGUAUGGAAAAGUGUGAAAUUACACCAUCUACUGGUCAGGUUUAGAGUUUACAAAAGUAUGGAAGGGAGAGCCUUCAGCUACUGGGCCUCUCUCCUGUGAACAGCUGUGCUUUGAGACACCCUUUCCACUUUUAAAAAUUAGAAAUAAAACUUUCCAUUUUCAUAAAGCUGAUAGUUAGGCUUGGAUCAUGUGACCUUAAAGCUAUGCUAUUUGAUAAGCCGAGGCUGCCAAGGGACUUCCCAUGAUGCAUUGAAUGGUUCUUCACCACUCCUAUUUUCUUUUUAAUCUCUUUACUCUAUUUUUUCUUCCAAAGUUUCACCUAAAAGUAGUAAAACGACUAAAUGAAAUGGUUUAAAUGAAGUUUAAAGUGUAAGUAAAAGAAGGUUGCUACAACCAUUUAAACUUCUGCAUUAAACUUUAUUUCACUUUCCUUAAACUCUCCAGGAAUCAGUGCAGACCUACAAGGAAUCCAGCUGUUCCAGCCAUCUAUUUUACUAUCAGAUUUUAUCACCUACCCAUCCACCUACAUUUAUCUGCUUUCUGUUCCAGGGAAUGUGGGACGGACAGUGGAAUGGAAAAUUAAAAAUAGAAUCUAAAGUCCUUUUAAGCUAAACCGGUGCCACGUAUUGUCAAUGAAUGCUCCACCUGUCAUUUCAUUCUUAAGAAAGCAAACCUCAGGUAUAAAGGCAAACUUGUUCUCUAAAGAGAAAAUAAACAGAAUAGCUUGAAUGGAGUUGUCUUCUCCUUUAAAGGUAUGGGCGGGGAUCGGAGUUGAGUUUCAGUGCCGCCUCCUUUUUUCUGUUCUCACACCCAGCAGCUCAGGCCAGUCACAGAAGAGUUAGCGAGCGAGCUUUGGACUGUGCUUUGGUUAUAGCUUCAAGUAUUCCCGGUUGAUUAUGAAAUUAGCCACCAUCAAUGAAGAACCACAAUACGACACACCACAGGGGAACUUCCACAGCCUUUCCACACCUUUUUCAAAGGUCGCUGACCCCUGAAAAAGGACUGAACCAGUUUGACUUUUGUUUGUUAAUGAAACUGAACUUUAAUAUACUGGAUGAAAACUUUUAUCAAGUGGGGAGAUGGCCAAAGUGUACAGACGCUAUGUAGGAAUAGUAAUAGCUCUGGCCUUAUGCAAAUACUGCCUGGCAGAGUGGAAUGCCACAGACGUGCCUCCCACUGGAACUGUGUCCGACUGUCAUCUCCAUGGCAACAGAGACAAUUGCACAGACACUAUAGAUACUGGACAGUCGAAUGGGCACUUCUCAAAAUGCCCAGAGGAACUUGAGCAUUACUGCAUCCAUGGGGAGUGUCGUUACAUUAAGGACCAGGAUGCACCAUCCUGCAGGUGUCAGAUCGGUUUCAUUGGUUCCAGGUGUGAGUACCUAAACCUGGAGGGGCAGAAACAAGUCAAACAAGGAAUCAUAAUUGCCUGUGCCAUCGCAGGGCUUGUGCUAUUAAUUCUUCUUGUUGUUUUCAUCUUCAUCUGUUCACGUCGCAGGAGGAGAUUGCAAAGCAACAGACGAAGGGAGGAACCACGGAAUGGGACGGAGAAGCUUGGCAUGAUGAUGGACAGCAAUGCAACAGGCUCAACUUUAAAGCCCGACUCAGCAGAGCAAGCCCUCACAAAUUCUGUAUGAGAACCUAGCUGAGGCACAUGUCUGGGAAUCGUUUAUACAUAAAAGAGGAUAGCGGCCACCUUCGCUUAAGCUAUCAGAGGUCCGUGAACGGCACCGAGACCUUAAAGGAAGGGCGUUUAUGGAUAAAGUGCAUCUGGUGGUGCACUUUAUGGGAGUUUAUACAGUUCCUUUUAACACUCUUCAAAGAAGUGUGAGAGCAAAGAAGAUGCCUUCCAGGAUUUAUGAUAAAUAUCAGUCGGGGAGCUGUGUUUAGCUGCUGGUGUGCUGGCACGGGUGAUUUUUCCACUGCUGUGGAGGAACAGGCUCAUCUAAGUGCUGCUAGGCUGCACCACACUAAAUAAACUGUUGCUAUCCUGGAAAAGGCUGUGACACCAGUUGGCAGUGAUAACAGUUGAUCUGGCUGACCAGAUAGUGCGACACAUGGACACUAAGACAUGAAAGGAAAAGGACUUUACAAAGAUACGGCACUCCAUGAACUCCAGUAAACUCUUGUCAUGUGCACAAACCAUUAGAUGUAUAGAAAUCUUCAGAGUACUGCCAGCUGCUGUUUUAGUAGCUUUGUGUCAUUUUUGUAUUGCUCCUAUUUGUUUACGGCUGGUUUUGCUUUAGUGUCACGUCACAAGAUCAGAGUGUUUAUUGUACAGGCACCAGUAAAAUCAACAGUUGUCACUUAUUCAGCAAUCCACAGAAAUGAACUAACACCGAAUAUUGUUACUCAGAAACAUUAGCAAUGCAAGAAAAGCAUGUAUAUAUAUACAGUAUGUAUAAAAUGCAGUUCUGGAUUCUCCUGGUUUGGAGGAGGACAAGGAGAACUUGUGCUAAAGGCUGUUUUGAUCGGUAUAUUUGGAGCCGAGAAGCCUCUGAGCUACAGAGGCUGAACAGCUGAGCCUGUGUGUGGAGGCUUGGCUUAACUAAAAGCGCUCCACUGUAUGAGACAGUUUCCAAACUUGCUAGCCUUUCACUUUGGGGUUUUAAUGUGUAUCUGUAUGUGUAUGAACUCUAAAUGUAGUCUGAAGAGAGUGAGGACAAAGUCAGAGAAGCUUGUUCUCAUGUUUAUAUGUCACCUGUCAGUAAAUGUGCCUCCUAUGUGCACUGUGCAUUUGCAUUUGCUUCAGCCAUUUUUUUCCAAAUUGUCUUUUCGAAUGAAACCGACACUAUGCGGUGCUCUCUAAGAAAUGGAACAUGCCUUUACUCUGCAGGCUAAUAAGUGUUCACAAUCGCUGCUGACGUGCAAAUUCCUGCAGAUAACUGUAUCUCUGUAACCUUUCAUAUGAAACUAUUAUUUCAUCCUCCACAACACAGACUCUGGACUACAUAAACAAGCAUGCAAGACGUACCGCAGUCAUAUUAAAUCGUAAUUAUGCUUCA